CAAAUUGCGUGGGUGUUAUUUGUUUAGAAACAUUGUAAUCAUUAUUUAUAAUUAUAGGACAUGAGUAACACAUAAAAUGUGAAAAGUGAUGUGAUUUAUUGUUUGAACAUUUCAUUAAGAAUUAAAAAUUAACUUUCAAAGUAUAUCAAGGGUAAUGAUAUGGAAUUUGAACUACCUAAAUAAAAAGCAGAGAGUCUAAUUUAUCUUUCAAAUAUUGUGAAGGAUCAGGUGAACUAAGCUAAUCAAAUGACCACAAUUUAAUUUUCAAUUAUGGCAGUUGGUAGAUUUAGACAAAGCUAUAGAGACAAGAAGGCUGUUUUACGACCAACAUUGAUAAUCACUGAAAUUGUACGAUGGCUAGUAAUUGCAACAAAUGUACUCCUUGCAGUAUGGAGAUAUGGAGAAAUUAUGGGAUAUACAAUAUUUAUCCAAAAUGUUGAUGUGAGAAGCCAAUUUUGGGGUGUAACUGUCGGAUUAUUUUUGCUGGGAUCUCUUGUUCUGUAUCUGCCUUUAAAAUUGGUGCUUCUCUUAGUGUGCUACAAUGCAAGACAUGCUCAUGGAUGGCGUCCCUCUAUACUGCUCUAUUCUAUGAGUGUCCUUCCUUGCUUCAUACUCAUACUGAUAGCAGUCAGAUCAAAGAACUUGACAACGUUUGAUGAAUGGACCAUAACUGUGAUGCAGGUAGUUGUAUUUGGACUGACAAUCACCGAGUGGAUGGCUAAAUUACGUGAAGAACCAUUCAGUUAUAAUCUCAUCAGCGACAUGGGGACAGACUUCUUCACAGCAUAUGAUAUCAUUGAGAUGCUUAUGGUGGCUGAUCAUAAUAGAGAUGUGUUCACCUCCCACUGGUUGUACAUUACAUAUGGUGUGGGGUUCCUGGCAUUUUUCAAAUACGUUCCUAUACCACCUGUUCAUGUCUGCAGUAGUAGUGCUGCUGAUGUCACCAAGAGGGGGACCGUCAUCUACAUCUUGGUGAACAUGUUCCUUCAGGAUAUCCCCUUUGUGGUGGUCAGGUUUACAAUCAUGGGGCUGUAUGGGAUGAAAGCCAGUGAUUUCAUCCAUCCAGUCAAAAAUGUCGUCUUUGUUAUGAUAUACAUUUUUCAGCUUGUCCUUCUCUUCUCGAACAACAGAACCACUUCUGCCGCUGGAAUAUCCUUCCAAAGCCUCGUUUUAAAGGCCCAGUCAGUAAAGCGGAGAGAAAAGGACACAACGGCUGAAGAAAGAUCAGCAAAAUGCAAUACACUUCCAGAAAACAACAAUAUAACUGUAGAAUUGGAUGCACUUGAUAGGCACUUAGAUGAUGAACUAAUGAAGUCUGGUGUUGAGAAUACUGGAUUUAAAAGCGAUGAUCUCCAAACAGAGGAUUUAACAAACAGAACUGGUAGUUUACAACUGAAGGAUUUACCAGGUAGUGUUGAAAAUUCACAAUUGCAGAAAUUGCCAAACAGAAGUGCCUCAAUGCCAAGACCAGAUUAUUGAGUGGAUAAGACAAUAUACAUGUAUUCAUGUUUAACCAUGGGUAGCUCGGAUUAAGACUAAAUUUUCAUAAUGUAAGGGAGUUUAUUUGCAGGAUUCUGUUACUCCUAGUUCUGAUGCUUUAGCAUUGACCAUUGGGUUGGAUUAAAAAUGUAUUUUUGUGACUGAAGUCUUGCACAGUGUAUAUCAAAACAUAGUUGUAAUUGGAUUUUUAAUUUUCCAAUUUCAAAUGUACAGCUGUUACUAUGAUCUUUAUUGAAAGUAUUUAUAGAGUCAGCAUGUCCCGGGCUGCAUGUAUAAAGUGCAAGUACAUGGUUCUCAUCACUUAAAAAUUUCUACAGAAAAUAAUCAUAAUAUGUGCAACACAUAAUUCCUAACAAUAAAGCUGAUACAUGUACAAAUGUAGAUACGAAUGUAGAUAACUCAUACGUCAUCACUUUUCUUAAACCAAAAAUGACAAAACAAGUUUUUCCAUGUAGAUAUGAUAGUUUAUUGGCAUAUAGUAUGUCUUGUUGACCAAUGAGUGAAAACUCUCAUAAAAUUCAUAUGUGUUUUAGGUUCUUCUCCCAUAAAAAAGUGUGAAGUCAUUUUCAUGGGAAAGGGCCUAAAUCUGUUAAUUGAAUCUUAGUGAGGGCAUAAUAUAAUGAUAUAUAACAAGUACAGAUAACUGCGUCUACACACAGAGUGUUAGCACCGAAAAACAGCAACACAAAAAUAGCUUUCCAUGUUGAUUAAAAUUAAAUGUAUUUCAACUGAAAUUUCAUUGUUAUUUAUACUUUAAUAAUUAUACAUGUAAAACUUAAUUUUUCACAUCAUAUUUCUUAUAAUUCAUAGGCAAAACAUCAAAUGUCAAUUAAUUUGUGUGAAACAUGAUAAAAUAUUUUUGUGCUACUUUACUGUUAAUAAUAUCUGUUUGGAACCAAGGACCUGAGGUAUCAAUUAUAGCAGUUUUACAUUAACACAAAGACUCUCAGGAUUCUACACUAUCGAGGUAAACAUUCAGUAUAUAGUCAUCCACACACCCCU